AUGCGGGAGGAUGGUGGAGAUGGGGAUGACGGUGAGGACGAUGAUGACGAGGACGAUGAAGAGGUUGACGAGGAAGGGGUGACUGUCAGGGAUAGACAAGAUGCCAUCAACAUCGAACAUCCUUUCGGUCUGCCCAUCUGGAAACCGGCGUUGUAUAAGAAAUCCCGGUCGAUCACUCGGAACGCCGAAUUCGCACUCCACUCGAUCCCCUCGGCUGCAGCAGAGAGACACCUGCUGCCCGGUAAUCUGCUCUGGACCGUCAUCUUCGGGUGGUGGUUAGCCCUGCUCUGCUUCGGAGUAGCCGGGGUCAUCUUCAUCGGCGAAGUCAUCGGAGGAUUGGGUUGGAGGGGGAAACGAGCGGGUGGGUAUGCGAGGACGAUGGCCGGGUUGGGAUGGUACAUCGGUUGGCCCUUCGGCAAGUACGUCGAGGGCAAGGGAUUCAAGAAGAAGGAAGCUUUCUUGGAUGAAGAGGAUCAGAUCGAGGACACGUUCGACGAGGACGAUGGUGGGGUGGAUGCAGAGGGCGGGGAAGCCGCCGAUCGAGGCGAUGACGAGGUAGAACCCAGGCGAGUCUCUAGCGAAGCUGCCAGCUCCAGCUCGGGCAGGACUGUCAAAGGUCCUCGUGCAUCGACCGAUGGAUUCCGGUCGCGAGAGAAUUCGGUCACCUCGGUCGAUGCUUGGAAACCUUCUCCAGCCGAACCGGCUACGGAGCGGGAUCCUUUGGUCGAUUUCGCCAAGGGAACCAACGGGCAAGCGAGGGACAGCUUGUAUGGCGCCAUCGGCUUCAACGGGGACGCCAAAGAUCGAGGUAAAGAUCGGGUGCCAACCAAAUUCAACAGCUCUCCACCUCAUUCCCGUAUGGCCCGCCUCGUGGGAGGCAUCUUCUAUUGGCCUCUCUUUAUCCUUUUCAUCGCCCCGGCCUUGAUCACCGUCUGCCUCCUCUGCUGGGGCAUGGUGAUCACGAUCCCAAUGGCGAGACUGACUUGGGCUCUCCUGAAGCACCUCGCACGGGGCCCGCUGGAUGUCAAGUUCCGGAGAGCGCCCAAGGUCGCCGUCCCACUUCCCUCUCCGGGGUCAUCCCCGACGCUCGAGAGCGAGGCCAACGAUCCCGCUUUCACGUUCAGGCGAGCGAGGCUCAAGGCUGGACAGCUUGCACCUACUCCUGGUCCUGACUCGACGGUUCUGCUCUGCAUUUACCGUGCGGUCGGGAUGCAGUAUUACAAGUAUACGGUUGGCGGCGUCAACAUCAUGUUUGUCAACCUGUUACCGCUCGUCUUCUUCACGAUUUUCGACGGCUUGGUCUUGUUGCCCAUGGUCGAACACGGUCAUACACACAAUCCGAUCAUCGAACUGCUUGCAUCGCAAGCCUUCAUCUUCAUCCUCGGACUGGCCAGUGUCAUCCCGCUCUCCUACUUUAUCGGUAUGGCCGUGGCAAGUAUCUCGGCCCAAUCGUCGAUCGGCAUGGGUGCCGUCAUCAACGCCACGUUCGGUUCCGUCAUCGAGAUCGUCCUCUACUCGAUCGCUUUGACACAGGGCAAGGGCAAACUCGUCGAGGGAUCCAUCGUGGGUAGUUUCCUCGCCGCCAUCCUUCUGAUGCCUGGCGGUAGUAUGAUAUCGGCCGCGUUCAAGAGGAAAGAGCAGAAGUUCAACGCUCGAAGUGCUGGUGUGACCAGUACCAUGUUGAUCAUGGCCGUCAUCGGUACCUUGACGCCUACCUUGUUCUAUCAGACUUACGGAUCAUUCACGCUGCGAUGUGAGGGGUGUCCGGGUGUCCCGGGUGGGAGAAUCGUCGGAACAGCUCCACAAGGGUUUACCAACAGCACGAUGUCACUCUUCAGCGAUCUAUCGAAGGAUAAGCCAACUGCAGACAACCAGUGGCAGUGCGAUCGAUGUUACUACGAACACCCAGACCCCGCGACAGAUCCAUUCUAUCAAGACCAGGUCAAGGGACUCAUGUACUUUUGCGCAGUGAUCCUCGUGGUCUCGUACCUUAUCGGUCUCUGGUUCUCACUCCGGACCCACGCAUCGCAAAUCUGGCAGAACCCCCAGCAACUGAUGAAGGUCGACGAAAUCCCGGCCGGUACCAUGCACCCCGCCGUCCGGGCCUCGAUGUACCAGCGUCUUACCCCUCAGGCCCUUAUGCAACAGAUCUUGCCUACCGCUAGGUCUGCCGAUCCGGGUACUCGCGAGACCAGCCAAACGGCAGGUGGUCCGCCUCAAUCGCGAUCACCAGGAUUCCGCAGUUUGCCAGCGACCGCUCGGCCGGGCGAGAACGCCAUUCAUCCACAAAGAAAGGCCUCGAUCAUGUCCGAGCACUCUGUCGGGCCUCAGACCGGAACGCCUUCCAUGAGACCACAGACGGGCGGGAUCAAGGACGGAAGUCUGUCGCCGAUGAAGUUGCCUAAUAACCUGACUCCGGAAGAUUUUACCCGGGCCGUUGCUGCGGCGACCGUCAGCGCGUUGAGGCAACACGCUCAUGCGACUCACCGAAAAGUCGGCCAACCGGUACACGGGGAACAGGUCGGUCAGGAAGAGGAAGAAGCGGGUGGGCACGAGGGACCGAGCUGGAGCCGGAUGGUUAGCGCCGGUGUCCUGAUGGCUUGUACGGUCUUGUACGCUGCGAUCGCAGAGAUUCUGGUCGACGUGGUCGAUGUCGUUCUUCAAGGGUCGGGUAUCGACGAAAAGUUCCUGGGAAUCACCUUGUUCGCACUCGUCCCUAACACGACCGAGUUCAUGAACGCCUUCUCCUUCGCUUUGAACGGCAACAUCGCGCUCAGUAUGGAGAUCGGUUCCGCAUACGCUCUCCAAGUCUGUUUGCUUCAGAUCCCAGCCAUGGUCGCCUUCUCGGCAUUCUAUGAUCCGGGCCGGCUCGGCGAGAUGGUUGAUACCUUUACGUUGAUAUUCCCUCGUUGGGACGUCAUCGCCAUCAUCUUUUCCAUCUUCCUGAUGACCUACACUUACAUUGAGGCGAGGUCGAAUUAUCAUCGAGGCAGUAUUCUGGUCCUUGCCUAUCUCGUCCUGACGGCAGGGUUCUACUUUGCACCUGCAACCGACGGGAUUACCGAACCAGGCUCCUGA